AUGGAGGUGAAACGCAGGCUGGACAGGCUCGAAAAUGGUCUAAAAGAGGUUUUGGAACAACUUGACGCCAACGAUGCCGAACUCGUCGCCAUCCAGGCCGGCCUCGUGGUAGAUCGGACUCGUACUGCUCUGACAAGAACAACGUUACAACACUAUGAGGAAAAAGCCAGGAUGGCAAAGGCGCAUGAGGAAAUCAUCGAGGCAGCCAGAGCCGCGGCCCGGAGCAAGAACACCUGGUUGACAGAGACUCCAGGAUUACCAACGGUUCUUCAUCUCAUUCGACAUAAAUGA